GUUCGUGUGGAUCGAUUCAGCGUCAGCGGCGCUACUGCGGGUGCACUGCUUAGUACUGUGUGCCCCUGUCGGCCAGUAGAAGGAUUGGCCCUGGGCAUGAUUAGUGGAAUUGCUCUGGCCGCCGCACUUAAAACGAUCGGAUUUGCUUCCUAA